ACAUCAUCACCAUCUGUAAACAUGCAUUUCAGCCACGAGACCGCUGCUUUCCAGCUUUGCGCAAAGAGCGCCAUGUUCGAGAGCAAGGAUUCGGGUUCCGUCGACGGGGAGCAGUUGACCGAGGUGCGCUCCCCGAGUUCAGGGCCCUCCAGCCCGCUGUCCGUGAACUCAGACUCCAGCUGCACCAGCCCGGAGGCCAAGUCUGCCUCAAUGCAGCAGAGAGUCAGGAGGCCCCUGAAUGCCUUCAUCAUCUGGACCAAAGAGGAGCGCAGGCGGCUGGCGCAGCUUAACCCGGACCUGGAGAACACGGAUCUGAGCAAAAUACUCGGAAAAACCUGGAAGGCCAUGUCCCUGGUAGAGAAGCGUCCAUACAUGCAUGAAGCAGAGCGUCUGAGAGUCCAGCACACCAUCGACUAUCCCAACUACAAGUACCGGCCCCGCAGGAGGAGGCAGCUGAAGAAGAGCUCCAAACCCCAGGGCGCAGAGGUUUCUCACUCCCCGCACUGCAGCUCAGGGUUCCCAGUGCCUUACAACCUCACCUACCUGCUUCAGAACCAGCAACCCUACCCAAGCACACCUGCUUUCACAGCUAACUUCACCCCUUUGCGCAGCAGCUACCCAAACAGUCCAGUUUUUCCAGACACAGCAGCAGCAGACGUUUUCUCAAAUAAGCCUGCUGUGUACCCAAACCAUCCUGCGUACCCUGCAGAGCCUCAGGUGUAUUAUGGCAGUCAGCACAGGCACAUGCAGUAUGGUUUCUCCAGCGCUGUAGGUCUCCAUGUGGAUCAAGGGGAGUGCAGUAGGGUUAACGGGGGCCUGCUGAGCCCUGCUUGGCCCUCCCUGGAGUUUUACCUGGAACAGGUUCAGCAGGACAUGCUGUACGAUCUGGACCGCAGCGAGUUCGAACAGUACCUGGGUCCGAGCACUCACAGGCCUGAGUCAGUGGAUCCCAGCAGCUAUCAGAGCAGUCUCAGAGAGGGACGCUCACUCUCAUGAAACUAUAAAACAAUUGUGUAUUUAUUUAAAUUGUCAGUGUAUCAUCUGCUGAA